AUGUUGCUUGCUGCUGUGAUCUAUCUCGCUUUCACUUUUACUCGCUCAGAGCAAUCGUCGCUAAGUAAAAGGAGCUGUUCAUGUGCCGAAUAUACUCCAGUACCAUGUGUUUGCCACGCCGGAGCGAUUCCUCACUGCAUCUGCAGAAGAAUCAUUCAGUCAUGGACCUGCACUUGCGCAGUUGAGCUACAAGUCAUUGAGUGCUAUAACACUUGCAGACCUCUUUGUGUGUCCACAUGUCAGCAAGACAAGAUUCACCCAGGAUGUGCCUUCUACUGUAAUGGCAUCUGCGCACAAUCGUGUACGCCUACGCAGUCUAUAUUACCCAUAGCCAGCGCUCUUGUUGUUCCCGUGGACACUCCCACUUUGCUUCCUCCCAGGAACCCUGUAGCGCCUACAAUCACUGCCACUGUGCCAUUACCACUUAGCAAUCCAUUGUUACCUACCGACAGUAGAAAUCCUCCCGCGCCUCCUUUUGGAAUUUCUGCAAUGCCUGCUAUUACUAAAUAUCCUCCCGUUUUCCCAGACUACCCAGUGAUAUCUGGGGUAACAGGAGUGCCUUCUAUUCGACCUGCUGAAAAUCCAACUUCUGCCACUGAUUUACCUGCCACUCUGCCUCGUUACUCGAUGAUACCUACUGUUUCUGGUAUGCCUCCCACUAUUCCACCCACUUACCCAGGGGUACCUGCUGCUGCUGCGGUAACGUCUCCUAUACCUCCUGUGUACCACAUGGAGCCUGCUGCAUCACCUAUUACUGUUCGCGAUAUAUGUCCGUACUCAUCCUACGAAUUGUGCCAAAGGGCGUGCGCCGGUACUGGCUCCGCUUUGUGCUUUCCUCUUUGCAUGCAACACUCCGAAAGGAUUUGCGGGUACCACCGUUUGCACAGGAAUAGUUCCCAGGUAGUGAACCAACCGACGCCACCACAAGCGCGGCCACUUUUUUGA